UCUGCGAUCGACUAACCACGUCUCAUCGUUGACAGUUCAGUGUACGACAAUGGCAGGGGUCGAAGCUACACAACCUGCCCAGGCUGAUAUUUCCAAAACUAGCAACGUGCCAGCUGAAGGAUAUGACAAGAAAUGUAUUUUCUGCAAGAUAGUAAACAAUGAAAUGGGAACGGAGCUUCUUCACUGUGAUGAAGAGAUCUCAUGUUUCAGAGACAUCAAACCUGGAGCUCCCCACCAUUACCUGGUCGUCCCAACUAGACAUGUUGGGAACUGCAAAUCACUCAGCAAAGAACAUGUGCCUUUAGUGAAACGGAUGGUUGAGACAGGGAAGGAGAUCCUCCAGAAGAACAAUGUAACAGAUCUCAGUGAUGUCAGGUUUGGUUUCCACUGGCCCCCAUUCUGUUCUGUUACACACCUACACCUUCAUGUCUUGGCACCUGCCAGUCAAAUGGGCUUCAUGUCCCGCCUCUUCUACAGACUCAAUUCCUAUUGGUUUAUCACGGCAGACCAGCUGAUUGAGCUUCUCAGCUCUAAAGAGGAGACCAACUGAUCACUUGAAUUCAGUUCUUGCAGUACUUGGCUGUGAUGCAGUGACUGAGACAUCCGCCUUCUUGCAGAUGUCAUGUUGGUUGGUACACACUCAUGUUAAGUUGCCGUCUGUUUGACCACAGCAAAUGGCAUUUGGAUUUCUAUGAUAUUUGUAACAAGUGACCACUUAGGUUUUUAGUUUUAUGAAAACUUUUCAGAUGACGCCAAGUAAAAGCUUGAAUGAAGCCAAAUCUUGUUUCUUGCUGCUUGAUACUUGUCAGACAAAAGUUCCAAGAGUAUAUGUUUUUAUGGUUUUACAGAAAAAAUGAAUUAAAUCAUUCAUCACCAUCAUUACUCUGCCAUAAAAAAAAUAUAUUAAUUUUAUGGACCAAGUAAUGUACAGACUCAGAUCUUUUAAUGCAUUUAAUGCAUUCUCUCUCUCUUCUGAAUGCAAAGGUGAGUUGAAUAGAAUAGAUUUACUGAGGUGACUUGUAUUUGUAUUUUCAUUAUCAUGUUGCAGAAAUGCUUCAUGAGCUGGUUUCCUGUCAUGCAGGGCUGCUUUAGUGCUUUGCAGAUCUGACUUUCAACAUGUAUUAACUGAAAUGUAUUUAAAACUCUUUAAAAAUGAAUUUGUAAAAUUCAUACCUUGAGAUAAUUUAUUAGACAGCUGCUUAUACCACGAGUUCCUCAGCUAUGUUGAGUUACCUCUUUACUGUUGGAUCAAACUACGGAGUGACAUCUUCGUUAAUCAUUUACAUGAUUCCUUUACAGUGGAGGCAACUGAGUAAUCCUCUGACACAGAGAGUAAAGUGUGGUACACUCAAUGAUCUCAACAAGCACUGAAAUACAAUGGGGCAUUUACUCAUCUCAUGUUUGAGUUUAUGUAAUGUCUCAAAACUGGGUUAAGAUAUAUAUAAAAUGAACACGCUGGAUGGUGCAUGAAGUGAAUGUUAUUACUGCUAUAGUAUACUAUAUUAAUGGAAUGUGAAGAAAUCACACUGUAUGUACUAUACAAACAUAUAUGCACUUUCUGAAUUGUUAAUUUAGAAUAAAAAAUAUACAAUA